GAUAAUGUUUUUUUUCUCUUGUGAAAUAAAUAUGUAAAAAUUCAAUAUUGUGAAAUGUGAAUGACUAACGUUAAAGAUGUAAACGAUAUGAAGUGAACGCUGAACAAUAUGUCAGUAUCCUACAUUGAUACGAACAAUUUAUUACACUGAUGCUGAAUUGAUAUUUUAUCUCGCAAAAAAGUAAAAUAGUUAUGGAAGAUCCUCGGAGUUUAGAAACAAAUAGGUUGCUAACCAAUAUAAUGAACAACAGUACUUCAAUAGACGAAGAACAUGUAUGUAAACUAGUUCUUUACAUGGAAAUACCAAGCAUCAACGUUCGUGUAUGGGAUGUAGCAAUACUUAUUCCUAACUUAAUAUUCAUGAUGUAUUUAGUGACCAAGUUUAGUCGUGCAAGAUUAAAACUUCGAGCUGCUAAUAGUCCUAUUUUUUUUACAUUCUACUGUUUGGUUUUGUUCAAUGUAUUUACUAGUAUACUAAGAUGCCUAAUUUCAAUGACACUCAAUUUUAGUAAUUUGGCUGCUGAUUCCAUCAAUAUAACGCUUUGGAUUUUAGUCAAAUGUUUCUUUUUGGCUACUGAAAUGAGUGUAAUUGUCUUCGCCUUAGCUUUUGGUCAUAUGGAAAGUAGAAGCAGCAUAAGAUAUGUACUUAUCACAACAUCAUUUAUUUCGUUAGCUUAUUCGGCUUGUCAAGGAGCUUUGGAAAUUUUUAUGCCAGAUUCUAUUUUUAGAAUCAACUCAAAGGAUUUAAAUUUAUUUGGUCAUGGUGGUAUUAUUUUCUGGUUAAUAAGUUCUGUCAUUUUUGCUAUGUUGUAUUUGUUUAUACUGGUAUUGCCUCAGACUAGACUUCGAGAAAAACUUGCAUUACCAGUUAACCGGUCAUUUUAUGUAUAUGUGUCACUUUUAGCAAAUUUAAAUGGUAUUGGCUCUAUUGGUUGUACAUUAUUGUUAUUAAAAAUUGCUGAAGGUCUUUGUAUUGUUGAUGUAACAACAUUUCUAUAUUUUGCUCUAUUUACACCUCUAGUCUACAUAACAUUUUUAAGCUCAUUCUUUAGUGUUUCACAAUCAAGUAUUAUGUUCUCUUAUAAAGCACAAAAUGAUGAUCGUGUUGAUGAAGAUACUGUGUCAUUACCUCAUCAACCAUCAUUUUCAUCUUUAAAAACUGAUUCAGACUAUAUUUAUCAGACAGAUAAUGUAUACAACAAUACUCGUUUUUCUAUUAAUGAUAGACAAAUAGCAAAUCCGCUGUACAAUGCUUCAUUACAAAGUCCUGAUAGCAUUACUGGUUAUAGCAUGGAUGAGCAAACUAUUGACAUUGAAGAACAAAAAAAGUAAUAAUGUAUAUAGUUUUAGAGUAUUUUUCUGGUGUUCCUGUGUUAACUUUAUUAUUUUAAAAUUUUUACUACCUAGUUUGUUAAGUUGUGUAUUAGAUAAUUGUAUAAUAUAUUUUUAAAAUAUAAAUUUAGUCAAUUUAAUUAAUUGGUGAAAUAA